UCCGGAAGUACUUAGUUAUCCUUGCCUGCUUCACAGCGGUGCAUGUAGCUAUCUGCUCAGAACUACACGGAUCAAAUUGGUGCUAACAUAUUUACAAAUUUCAAAACAUUAUUAGCAUAUUACUUAGACACAAAGUUUAAAUCUUCUGCGGAAGUCAGACCGAUCUCUGUUUAGUUUUCGCAAACGUUUGAAAAUGUUGAGCAGUGUUUCUCUCCGGGCUCAGAUCGCUUCCAUCAUAGAGGUACUUUCUAAAGCUGCGGUUUCAGAAAUUAGCAAAGUAGUCGACGAUGGCAUAGUUGUGUUACGUGUGGAAAUGUGUCGACGGGAAAAUGAAAUCAACGUCCUGAAAAAUAAUGUACAACAACUUGACAGCGAGCUUCGAAGAGCUCGAGGGAUUCAACCUCGAAAACGCAUCCAUCAUGGUCGAUCAGUCGCUGCUGAGAAUCUUGGGAGGAAAGGGCCUGGUAAAAAUGGUACCACUUGUGUGAGGAGGACCUCAGUUGAGAAACUGCAGCCUGAGGGAGACUGCAAUGGAAAGGAUGAAGGCGUUGGACCUGCGGAUGAGACUCUGGUCAAGAUUGAGCCGGGAGGGGAGGGUGAACAGGAAGGGCAGACUACAAGGAGAAAAGACGAGGAUCGUCUUGAUGCUGAACUGUCAACGUACGAGAGAGACAGCCACCCGUGGAUGCCCAGUACACAAGCAGACAACGACAUGGAGACCAACUCGCUGUGUCUCCCUGAUCACUCUCCGGAACCUUCCGGAAUGACGGCAGCUUCAUGCAGCAGUGUUUCAUUACCAGGGAAACCAUAUUUGGAGUCAAAUGUCAGAGAGGAUAUGAUAUUACAACUCAGACAGCAACAGCAUCAUAGGCAGUCAGAAGCGCUCAGGAGAACAAGCGCCGGCACGGUAAAGUCAAACCCAGACCCUCAAAGUGAAUUCGGUUUUGGACCGAAUUACAAUACGGCAAGGAGAGCGAGGACCAAGAGAUUUUUCCAGGUUAAUAAACACUUCAUUUGCACACUGUGUGGAAAGAGUUUUGAACGUUACAGCCAUCUUGAAAGACAUCUGCGAAUUCAUACGGGUGAGAAACCGUACAGCUGUGACCUAUGUGGAAGGUGUUUCAACCAGAAGGGUAGCCUCAAAGGACAUCUGAAGACUCACAGAGUAUCGAUGGACGGACUAGCUAACAAUGAAGAGAAGCCUCUCCUGGAUGGACGUCAGUCUGAGGAAGAGCAGAUGAACGAGAAGGACGAAGUGUUCCAAACUGCUCCUCAGAUGCCCAUGAAGUCUGAGCCAGGGGAGGAGAAGGAUGCAUUCCAGACACUAGAUCAUAAAGCAGGAGAACAGACUGCAGGAAGAGCAGAACAGCACCUGGACGAUGACUUGUCAACGUACGAGAGAGACGGCCGGCCGUGGAUGUGCAGUUCACAAGCAGACAACGAUAUGGAGACGAGCAAUUCAGAAUAUUUCAUCAGUUCAGGUCAGAACUCCCAGUGUCUCACUGAUCACUCUCCUGUACCUCCAAGUUCAGGUCAGAACUCCCAGUGUCUCACUGAUCACUCUCCUGUACUUCCUGUCCCAGGAAGGGUGGAGGCGUCAUGUAGCAGUGCUUCAUCUCCAGGGAAACCAUAUGUAGAUGUCAGCGAGGAUAUGAUUUUACAGCUCAGACAGCAACAUUAUGGACCUUCAGACACACUCUUGAUAGCAAGUGAUGGUACAGUACAGCCAAACUCGCAGGUCGCGGACGGGGCUUCUCUGAACCAUCCUCCCAUCUUCUCCAGUUUUCCGGAGAGGAAGGUGAAAACCUUCCAAGGAGUCACCAAGGACAAGAAGUGCUUCAUCUGCUCAUUCUGUGGGAAGGUCUUUGAGCGUGUUGGUCAUCUGGAAAGGCACCAGCGAAUUCAUACGGGUGAGAAACCGUACAGCUGUGACAUAUGUGGAAGGUGUUUCAACCAGAAGGGUAGCCUCAAAGGACAUCUGAAGACUCACAGAGACGGCGCUGACAUGCUAACGGGUCUACCUCCGCUAGAUGAUAAGAAGCCUGACGUUUAUCCUAGACCCUUGGAGAACCCAGGGGAACCGAGGGAUCAGCCCUCAUCUGCUGAAGCACAGCCUAACUCCGGGCACGAGGAGGAGGGGAGGAGGGCAGGGGGCAGGGAUUGGUGGGGGGAGCAGAGAAAGAGAAGCAGUUUGAAUCCCAGAUACUCAGUCAGUCAGGACCUCAACACCAACAAAGCACAGAGCGACCAGAUUACCAGGAUGACCCAGAGUAUGUCAUGGAUGAGAGGGAGAGUCAGCUGUGUAGAUCUUUCACAGAGAGGCACAGUGAUGAGAGGGAGAGUCAGCUGUGUAGAUCUUUCACAGAGCGGCACAGUGAUAUGGAGUCUGGAUCACUAAAUCCAGGUUGCUCCUCCGAUGCGACAAAGCAGCAGAACUCCCAUCCUGUUUCACCCAGUGUCAAAUAUCAUCACAGUCCUUUUGAUGGACUGCACCACCACCACGGGUUCUAUACGUCAGCUUCUAGACAGGUGGAACUUCAACACUUGUCUUUUCAGGAUGAGAAAGACAAGUUGGAUGUGAUUGAGCAAGAGCAGUAUGCAGGGGUGGUUCUCCAUGCAAGGAACAGGGAGGAUGGUGAUGGAACAGUACUACCUAGGUUUCAGGACCGGGUACCACCGUCACCACUACCUGUCGAGGAGGAAACGGCACUGAGAGCGUACAUCACACAACCAAACUACAGCCAAGAGGGGAUUUUAUUUGCCCUUGGCAUAGACAGUUUUGACAGUACAGAGGGAACCAGUGCCACUACAGACGACACAAGAAAUAGAUGUUUCAUAUGCUCCUUUUGUGGAAAGAGUUUUGAUCGCCAUAGUCAUUUUGAAAGACACCUGCACACUCAUACUGGUGAGAAGCCCUACAGCUGUGAGAUAUGUGGUAAGAGUUUCACUCAGAAGAGCAGCCUGAAAGCUCAUCAGAGACUUCAUAUAGGUUAAUCAAGGGCCAAAGCGUAUUUGUUUGCAUUUCAAAUGGCACCCUAUUCCCUAUACAGUUGCAAGAAACAGUAUGUGAACCCUUUGAAACCUGGAUUAGGGUCAUAAAAUGUUAUCUGAUCUUCAUCUAAGUCACAACAAUACACACACAGUCUGCUUAAACUAAUAAUACACUAAUUAUUGUAUAUUUCUUUUCUAUAUUGAAUACAUAAUUUAAACAUUCACAGUGUGGGUUGGAAAAAGUAUAUGAACCCCAAGGCUAAUGACUUCUCCAAAAGCUAAUUGGAGUCAGGAGUCAGCUAACCUGGCGUCCAAUCAAUGAGACGAGAUUGGAGAUGUUGGUUUGAGCUGCUCUGCUAUUCACUAGAAGCUGUGAACCAUGUCUCGAACAAACGAGAUUUCGGAAGACCUAAGAUUAAGAAUUGUUGACUUGCGUAAAGCUGGAAAGGGUUACAAAAGUAUCUCUAAAAGCCUUGAUGUUCAUCAGUCCACGGUGAGACAAAUGAUCUAUAACUGGAGAAAGUUCAGCACUGUUGCUACUAGAGGUCGACCGAUUUAAUCGGAAUGGCCGAUUUAAUUAGGGCAGAUUUCAAGUUUUCAUAACAAUCGGUAAUCGGCAUUUUGGACACCAAUAAUUGCCGAUUACAUUGCACUCCACGAGGAGACUGCGUGACGGCUGACUACCUGUUAUGUGAGUGCAGCAAGGAGCCAGGGUAAGGUGCUAGCUAGCAUUCAAUUUAUCUUAUGAAAAACAAUCAAUUUUAACAUAAUCCCUAGUUAACUCCACAUGGUUGAUGAUAUUACUAGUUUAUCUACUAGCUUGUGUGCAUAUAAUCGAUGCGCUGCCUGUUAAUUUAUCAUUGAAUCACAGCCUAUUUCACCAAACUUAACAAGCGCAUUCGCGAAAAAAGCACCGUCGUUGCACCAAUGUGUACCUAACCAUAAACAUCAAUGCCUUUUAAAAUCAAUACACAAGUAUAUAUUUUUAAACCGGAAAUAUUUAGUUAAUAUUGCCUGCUAACAUGAGUUUCUUUUAACUAGGGCAAUUGUGUCACUUCUCUUGCGUUCUGUGCAACAGAGUCAGGGUAUAUGCAGCAGUUUGGGCCGCCUGGCUCAUUGCGAACUGUGUGAAGACCAUUUCUUCCUAACAAAGACGGCCAACUUCGCCAAACGGGGGAUGAUUUAACAAAAGCGCAUUUGCGAAAAAUCACAAUCGUUGCACAAAGGUACCAAACCAUAAACAUCAAUGCCUUUCUUAAAACCAAUACACAGAACUAUAUAAUUUUUUAAAUCUGCGUAUUUAGUUAAAAGUAAAUGGCAAAUUGUGUCACUUCUUUUGCGUUUAUUGCACUCAGAGUCAAGGUAUAUGCAACAGUUUGGGCCUCCUGGCUCAUUGCAAACUAAUUUGCCAGAAUUGUACUUAAUUAUGACAUAACAUUGAAGGUUGUGCAAUGUAAAAGCAAUAUUUACACUUCCACCCAUUUAGAUAAAAUACGGAACGGUUCCGUAUUUCACUGAAAGAAUAAACGGUUUGUUUUUCGAAAUUAUAGUUUCCGCAUUUGACCAUAUUAAUGACCAAAGGCUCGUAUUUCUGUGUGUUAUUAUAAUUAAGUCUAUGAUUUGAUAGAGCAGUCUGACUGAGCGGUGGUAGGCAGCAGCAGGCUCUUAAGCAUUCAUUCAAACUGCACUUUCCUGCGUUUGCCAGCAGCUCUUCGCAAUGCUUCUGUUUAUGACUUCAAGCCUAUCAACUCCUGAGAUUAGGCUGGCAAUACUAAAGUACCUAUUAGAACAUCCAAUAGUCAAAGGUAUAUGAAAUACAAAUGGUAUAGAGAGAAAUAGUCCUAUAAUUCCUAUAAUAACGACAACCUAAAACGUCUUAUCUGGGAAUAUUGAAGACUCAUGUUAAAAUGAACCACCAGCUAUCAUAUGAUCUCAUGUUCUGAGCAAGGAACUUAAACAUUAGCUUUUUUACAUGGCACAUAUUGCACUUUUACUUCCUUCUCCAAAACUUUGUUUUUGCAUUAUUUAAACUAAAUGUAACAUUUCAUUAUUUAUUUGAUACUAAAUUGAUUUUAUUGAUCUAUUAAAAUAAGUGUUCAUUCAGUAUAGUUGUAAUUGUCACUAUUAUUUAUUUAUAUAUAUAUAGUCAGAUUAAUCGGUAUCAGCUUUUUUGGUCCUCCAAUAAUCGGUUUCGGCAUUGAAAAAUCAUAAUCGGUCGACCUCUAGUUGCUACUCUCCGUAAGAGAGUGGCUGUCCCUGCAAAGAUGACUGCAAGAGCACAGCGCAUGAUGCUCAAUGAAUCCUAGAGUGUCCGCUGAAGACUCUGGAACAUGAUAACAUCUUAAAGUCUACGAUAUGUAAAACACUAAACAAGAAGGGUGUUCAUGGAAGGACACCACGGAAGAUGCCACUGCUGUCCAAAAGAAAACAUUGCUGCACGUUUGAAGUUUGCAAAAGAGGACCUGGAUGCUCCACAGCGAUACUGGCAACAUAUUCUGUGGACAGAUGAAACUGCAGUUGAGUUGUUUGGAAGGAACACAACACUAUGUGUGGAGAAAAAAGGCACAGCACACCAACAUCAAAACCUCAUCCCAACUGUAAAGUAUGGUGGAGGGAGCACCAUGGUUUGGGGCUGCCUCAGGGCCUGGACAGCUUAAACUUGCAAAAUAAUUUUUCUGUUGGUCAAUACAUUUUACAGGAGAAUGUUAGGCUAUCUGUCUGCCAAUUGAAGCUCAACAGAAGUUGGGUGAUGCAACAGGACAACGACCCAAAACACAGAAGUAAAUCAACAACAGAAUGGCUUCAACAGAAGAAAAUACACCUGGAGUAGCUCAGUCAGUCCUGACCUCAACCUGAUUUGAGAUGCUGUGGCAUGACCUCGAGUGUGGUUCACACCAGACGUCCCAAGGAUAUUGCUGAACUGAAACAGUUUUGUAAAGAGGAAUGGUCCAAAAUUACUCCUGACCGUUGUGCAGGUCUGAUCCGCAACUACAGAAAAUGUUUUGUUGCCAAAGGAGGCUCAACCUGUUAUUAAAUCCAAGGGUUCACAUACUUUUUCCACCUUGCACUGUGAAUGUUUACGCGGUGUGUUCAAUAAAGACAUGAAAACAUUAUGUGUUUGUGUGUUAGUUGAAGCAGACUGUGUUUGUCUCUUGUUGUUGACUUAGAUGAAGAUCAGAUAAUAUUUUAUGACCAAUUUAUCCAGGUAGUUCCAAAGGGUUCACAUACUUUUUCUUGCCACUGUAGUACACUAUCUUUGACCAGAGACCAAAGUAGUGUACUAUGUAAGAAAUGGAUUAUAAUUUGGGAUGCACCCUAACUGAAAGUUGUUUCGUCCUCAUCAAAACCGGUUAAUGAGUAUGGGACAUUUGGCUGCUAUUGGUAACAGUUUAGAAGUCCAACUAAAUUGUGAUAAGAUGUCAUAUUUGUUUCCAAUACAUUUUGUGUGUUUAUCCUUUAUAUUACUAGUCAAGUCAGUUAAGAACAAAGUCUUAUUUACAAUGACAGCCUACCCCGGCCAAACCUGGACGACGCUUGGUCAAUUGUGCGCCGCCCUAUGGGACUCCCAAUCCCGGCCGGAUGUGAUGCAGCCUGGAUUCGAACCAGGGACUGUAGUGAUGCCUCUUGCACUGAGAUGUAUGGCCUUUGACCGCUGCGCCACUCGGGAGACCAAAGGAUAAGGAUGUUAAAGAUAUUCAAAUGCUGGGGCAAUGGAAAAAUGGACAUUUUUAGUAGUUCUUAGUUUAUAAAGUUGUCAUCAGGUAUCUCUCCAAUAAUGUAUAUAGAAGGGAGGGGGAAAAAAGUGUUUUUAAAGGACAAACAAUUUAAUUAUUCAACGUUUUUCUUUUCUUCCUGCAUCAAACGUAUGAAUCAAUGAUCCAAUUUAACAUGUGGGCUACAUAUCUAUUUGUUUUGUAUGAAGACGUUGAUGGUAGGGUUGUUUAUUACUCAAUGGGUAUGUUUACACGCACAGUAAUAAUUCAAUAUUAAACUGAUUAUGUCAGUAAGCAUAUUAUGCGAUAGUCAUGUAAGCAGAGUAAGGCGUUGAUCUUAAUCGGCGUAAGGUCAAAAUCGCAGGCAUACGACGAUUAAAACACCUGGUUUUCUGAGUAAUCUUUCUAAUUAUUAGAAUGCCUUAAAAGGAUCGGACCCUUUUAUUUUCAUUUUUUGUUGUUGCUUAAAAUGACACCCAAAUCUAACUCCCUUUAUUUAGCUCAGUACCUGAAGCAAGGAUAUGCAAAUUCCCAAUACCAAGUUUGUAGAAAUGUGAAAUUAAUGACUGAGAAUAUAACACAUUAGAUCUGGUAAAAGAUAAUACAAACAAAAAAACGUUUAUAUUUUUAUUUUUUGUUUCAUCUUUGAAAUGCAAGAGAGAGGCCAUGAUAUCACUUAGCAGUGUAGGAGAAAUUUAGAUUUUGGCCACUAGAUGGGAGCAGUGUAUGUGCAGAGUUUUAUACUGAUCCAAUGAACCAUUGCAUUACUGUUCACAAUGUUGUAUCAAGUCUGCCCAACUGUGCCGAAUUGGUCAAUUGAUACAUUUUCAAGUACAUAACUAUAGACAACAUACAGAAAUUAUAUGGUAAUACGAAAUUUAAUCUUACACACUCCCAGGAAUGUCUUAAAUGAUGGCUAAAUAGCUUCCCUACAGAAACACUAACCUUCACACAUCUAUGAUGGUGGGGAACCCAGUUCCUACAUUUUAAUAUUAAAAAUGGAUUUUAUCAAACAGAACUAUACUACAUUUCAUCUCUGGGACCCUCAGGGUGACAUAUCAGAGCAAGAUUACUGAAUGUAAGUACAUUAUUUACCUUCAGAGGUGAAUGUAUCAAACCAGUUGCCAUGACAAUAGUGUUUUGUUGUUGUGCACUCUCCUCAAACAAUAGCAUGAUAUUUUUCACUGUAAUAGCUACUGUAAAUUGGACCAUGCAGUUAGAUUAACAAGAAUUUAAGCUUUCUGACCAUAUAAGACAUGUCUAUGUCCUGGGAAAUUUUCUUGUCACUUAUGUCAUGCUAAUCACAUUAGCGCAUGUUAGCUCAAUCGGACACGAAUCGGUCAUUUCAAAGCUCACUACUUUGAAUUUCACAAUUUCCAAGCCCAUUUUAGAGAGAAUGUUAAAAAAACUGUACUUCAUUUAGUAACUUACUUUGAAGAGAUGAGGAUUGGGUCUAAAUAGGGUUUUGGUGUUUGGUAGUCUUAAUUCAGUGUACUCCGUCUUUAACUGCCAUUUCCUGAAAGUCAGACUCUUACCACAUGCCAACUCCUUUUCAGCAGCAUCAGCAUUCACCACUUUGUUUGGUUAUCCUUAGAUUUAUUACACAGACUUGCCCAGAGGGAAUUGUUGAUAUGCUGUACAUUUUUUUUAAUUCUAGUUAACAUUUUAUUUGUAAAAAAUGUAAAUGUCUUUAUUUUACUUUUUUUUUUUAAUCCACAAUCUGCUCUGAACAAGUCUGGUGGUGAACUGUCUUUAAAAAUUAAAUGAAAAUAUUUAAGCUGACUUCAUUCAGUGUCCAGAUAAAUUAAUUUGUUGUAUGUGCAUAGUUAAUUAUGUAUUGCCUCACUUGCAUAUUAGUAAAAAACCAUUUGGCUACAUUCAACUAGUAAAAGUUGUUUUAAGUGUAAAAAAAACAAAAUCUCUGUUAGGGUGUGGUUCCUGGACUUAUUCAGCAUUCUACCUGUGUAUUUGAUCUGCACAUGUGCUUGUGCCAGCCGAGCGAGCCUCAUUCUUUAGUGCGAGUGAAGUGAGUUCGGAACAACGGGUCUUAGAAGUAGUUUUCACAAACUUUUAUAUGUCCGAACUCGAAUCAAAUAUGCCUCACAAAAAUAACAUUGGUCACUGUGGUAGAAUGUUUAUUUUAAUUGGCAAUUUUCUGCAUUUAUCAGUGCCAUCGGGUAGCCUGAUUUUUAAGAUGUCCAUGUAAACAAGAUUAUUAGGGAAAUGGCUCUCGUAAAGCAUGUAAACGUUUUAAUCAAAUUAUUAUAUUAAUCAGACGAUCCACAAUCGCAUUAUUGUGUGCAUGUAACCGUACUCGUUGAGUAGUUCAAAUUAUUAUUAUUAUUUUUUUUUUACUCCUGUGUUCAAAACGCACUCUUAAGUUUGCUUUGUUUCGUAUCUGCUGGUGUAUUCUUUAAUAAAUGUAAAAUUCUGAAUGAAAA